UCUCAGUUCUUUUUCCUUUACCCCCGCCGUCGUCAUCGUAUGAGCUCUCCAUUGGCGAGCGCGGUGGCUCAGCUGGCCUCAACCACGUCAACCACUCCGACGGAUGCCAGCACCGCCACUCUGGCAUCCCAUGCAUCGUCAUCGUCAUCAUCAUCAGCCAUGGCAGUGUCAGAGUCUGCAGGGACUGCUGCGACAACUGGGACUGCUGGAACUGCUGGAGCUGCUGGGACGGGAAUGGCAGAGCAGCGCGAGCUCGAGCUCAGCCUCAUCACGGCGCUGCUGUCUGCAUCGCCAUCAGUCAGGCGGUUUUCUAACGCAUCUGGAAGUAUGAUCAUUGAGGAAGCGACCAGUCCAACAGCAAGCGACGCCAAGCCGCAGCCGCGCGCUUCGUCAGCAGGUGCCACCGCUCCAGCUGCUGCUGCUGCGACGUCCAGUCCUCCUCCUCCUACUUCUACUACUACUGCUGCUGCAAGUACUGCUGGAGUCGGAGAGGAUGCAGACGCGCCGCCAGCAAAGCCGAUUCUCCCGCCGUGGAGCAACGUCCCGCGCGUGCCGGUUCCGCCGCGAUCGGCCACCGUCGUCGCCGUGUCUAUGAAGGCAGCAGCAGGACAGGUCCCUGCAACAGUCCGAGAGGCGCUGAGCGCGCAGCAGCAGGCGCUGUUGGACCAAGCCCAGCAGCACGACGCCAAUUCUCAGUCUAGUGCGAAUGCGAAUAGUACCUCCAACCAUGCUCAGACAGGGCUGCAGGAGAUGCAACUACAAAGGCAUGGUGUUGACACAAACGUAGCAAUGGCCAUGGAUGCUUCGUCUUUGGCGCCCCAAGUGGAUCACUUUGAAAACAAGCCAUUCGACCAGAUUCUCGGGGCGAUGCGAACAACUGGCACGCUCGUUGCUCAACCGCCGCCAGCAUUCAACGAGACUUCAUCCAUAGUGGCGGCGACGGCAUCGAGUAGCAUUCACAUGGCCGACCCGAUGCACCCGGCAAGUGGGACGGCAGACAACCUUAGCGGCGGCGAAAAUGACGACGACGGUGGACCGCACGCUUUGCUGCAAUCCGCCUCCCUCCUGGAACAGCAAGCAAGCGACGCGACCCAACAGAACCGAGCACGCGCUGCGAGCACCACCUUUCGUACCAACGUGAAACGCAAGCAAAAGCUCAUCGACAUGGAGGAAACAACUCGGUCGCUAUCCGCGCGUUGCCUCUCCAUGCACGACGAACUGUUGCAAUUACAGCACGAGGUGGGUGUCUUGCAACAGCGCGUUGCUGCUGCACGACUCCAGUGGAAGCAGCCAGAGCAGCCGCUUCAGAUGCCGCUCCAACCUCUUCUGCACCCGCAAUUACAGCCAUCAUCCGGAGGAGCAUCAACAGUGGCGGCUGCAGCAGCCAUGUUUGCCGCUCAACAGCAGUUUGUCCUUCCGCCUUCGCAGGCAGAUGCCAUGCGGAAAUUGACCGAACUUGCUCAGCAGCAGCAGCAACAGCAGCAACAGCAGCAGCCGCCAGCAAUACCUCAGCCUCCUCCGACAGAUAUGCUAGAAUGGUUUAAAUUAUUUCAACAGCAACCGCGAUGACAUUUGGCCGACAACGGAUGAUUGUGACAAAAAUUCGAUUUUUAAUUUUGGGUUGAAGAUGAGAUUUUUUUGUUUUGCAAUUGAAUAACAAUGUUAGAAAAACGCGGAACGAGAUGUGUG